AUGAAGGUGGACCUGCUGACUUGCUUGGUGCUCGCCGCCGCCGCCGCCGGCCUCGUCGCUGUGGCGUCCGGCGGGCGCAGCUCGGGGCGGAGGAGGCACAAGGAGGUGUUCCUCGGGGAGAAGAGCAAGUUCAAGUUCGGAGGACGUGUUGACUACAAGCUGAAGAGGCAGGACAGCACUAAGACGCUGCUGAUAAAGAGCGAGCAGCUGCUGAGGAUCGAGGAGCACGACUUCGUGAUGAGGCCGGGCUUCGGAGGCGCAGCCAUCCCCGUGGGCAUCGAUGUGCAGGUGGAGAGCAUCGACAGCAUCUCCGAGGUCAACAUGGACUUCACCAUGACUCUGUACCUGCGCCACUACUGGAAAGACGAGCGGCUGGCGUUCCCGUCCCGAACCAAUCAGAGCAGGACGUUCGACUCGCGGCUGGUGAAGAAGAUCUGGGUUCCCGACGUCUUCUUCGUCCACUCCAAGCGCUCCUUCAUCCACGACACCACCAUGGAGAACAUCAUGCUGCGGGUCUACCCCGACGGGAACAUCCUGUACAGCGUCAGGGUGACGGUGACGUCGCUCUGCUCGAUGGACUUCAGCAGCUUCCCUCUGGACACACAGAACUGCUCUCUGGAGCUGGAGAGCUAUGCGUACAAUGAGAACGACCUGAUGCUUUACUGGAAGAACGGGAACGACUCCCUGAGGACGGAUGAGAUCGUCUUGUCUCAGUUCUUCAUCGAGCAUUUCCACGCCUCCAGUGGCCUGGCCUUCUACAGCAGCACCGGUUGGUACAACCGUCUGUUCAUCAACUUCAUCCUGCAGAGGCACAUCUUCUUCUUCAUGCUGCAGACCUACUUCCCCACCAUGCUGAUGGUGGUCCUGUCCUGGGUCUCCUUCUGGAUCGACCGGAGGGCCGUCCCCGCACGCGUCUCCCUGGGAAUCACCACGGUGCUCACCAUGUCCACCAUCAUCACCGGAGUGUCCUCCUCCAUGCCUCAGGUGUCCUACGUGAAGGCGGUGGACAUCUACCUGUGGACCAGCUUCCUGUUCGUCUUCCUGUCUGUGAUCGAGUAUGCGGCGGUGAACUACUGCACCACUCUGGAGGAGAUGAGGAAGAUGAAGAGGGGGAAGAUCCCCUCCACCUUCAACGCCAGCCAGGCGAUGGCCUUCGACGGCUGUUUUCACGACAACGACGUGGAGCUGACCCCGUUCGCCCGCGCGGCGCCCUCCCUGACCUCUGACCCCCUCGCCGCGCAGACCCAGGCCCCGGACGCGCGUCCCCCGGAGGGGACCCACCUCCGCCGGCAGCGGUCGGUGCGCGAGAACGUGGACCUGUUCGUCAGCAACAGCUACGUGAUCGACUCGUACUCGCGCCUGGCCUUCCCGCUGUCCUACCUGCUCUUCAACACCAUCUACUGGAGCCUGUACACCUGAGCCAGGCAGAGAGCAUGCUGGGGGAUUGCUUCGCGUGCACCUCACCGGACCAUCUCUACGUCACGAAUCGUCUGCUUUACCUGAGAGAUGAAAGCACUCAAGAGGAGGAACUCUUCAUUUAGGACUGCAUCUUUAUCAAUGUGUAUUUAUUUUAAUAAACUCUACACGUGACUCUGUUAUCUUAUACUCGGAGCUCUUAUUCUGAAGGGGGCUUUACUACGUGAGGGAAAAUGCAUCUAAAAGUGUUCAGUCAACCAGCUAUUUAACAUGUUCUUUAAUUUAUCUUCUUAUUAAAGAUUAAUUUUGUUCACGAGGAGGUAAAAGUACAUUUAUGUUUG